AUGACACCGCCCGACGCAACGCCGAGGGCGAUCGAGGAUCUGCGCCGAUGGACGUCGGCCGAAGCUCUGGGGGACGUCACCGUAGCCGCGGACUGCGCCUCUCGCAUCGUCCCGGCCGAGAGCAUCGACGACACUCGGCCCGUCGACCACAAGCUCCCCAGCCCGGAGGAACAGUUGCAGGCGAUCGCGCUCAAGUUCCCAGCGGAGGUCGUAGCCGUGGACGUGAGCGGCCGCGGCUUCAAGCGUAUGUCGAUGCGGCGCAGGUCGAUGAUGCCCCAUCACCACCACCACCACCACCAGCAACAACAACAACAAAACCAACAAGAGUCCCACGAGACGGUCAAGAGAAGGUCGCGGCCGCGUAGGCCAAGGGGCAAGCGGCGAAACACCAUAGCCGGCACGGACCAGAAGGAGAUCAGGCGAGCAGUCGGCGGGGAAACCACAGCCGAGGAGCCGGAAGAUGCCCAGCCCAGCACCAGCGGUACGUCCAAGCGAGCCCACCGGUCGGCCAGUACGGACCUUCUCGGCACCGAUGGCAAGAAGGACACCUCCCCGGUCGAGAAAAAGUCCUCGCACUUUGACACCCUCAAGGCCUGGGGCAGAUCCAGGCUUAAGCUCAUCAGUCCCAAGUCGAGUCAGCACGUGGAUGCGAGCGGCUCGACGGGGUAUCUGGCGAGCGGGGAGCAGAGGAGCUCGAGGCACUCGGCAGCGCUGGACGAGGACACCCGGGGCGUGGAAGACGCGGGGGUGAGCAGGCGCGCGAGGCGCGAGGCCGUCAAGUCGAACCACGAGAGGAAGCCCAGCUCGUCGAGCUCGAGUGGCAAGAGCGUCUCGAGUCUCGCGAAGCAGUCGCUGGAUAAUGACCAGAGGAAGGAUCACCCGGAGGGUGGUCAGCAGCAACAGCAGAUACCCGCGUCGUCUUUGUCGGUGGGGACGAGGCAGUCGAGUAGCGUCAAACUGAGGGAGAGCGCGGCCGAGAGACGCGAGCGCAGGAAAGGCAGUGGUCGAGCCGACGAGCCUCCGCACUCGAGCUCCGGCAACUGGAGCGCCUCGUCGGAGAGCGGCAGGGCUAGCAUCGGCAGCGAAACCACGAGCACUACGCACCCGCCGAGGUCGACCACGACAGCUUCCAUAGGUACGUCGUCGACGUCGCUGUCGCACGCGCGGCGGUUCAAGGGCCGCGACAAUUCGGCCUCGUCGUCCGUUACCUCGGAGGGCACCCUCACCCCGGACAUCAUCCAGGACAUAAACGCCGUGCCGUUCUCGGACGACGGGGAGACGUCGUCGGUCUACUCGUGCGACACGGAAGGCUACUACACGUCCUUCCACAUGGAUUCUGGUCUAAAGACGCUGCGGGAGGAGGAGCCGGCGCAGCCUCAGACUCCGAUGACCAAGUCGAACGAGGUGCACUCGGAUCCCACGUCUCCGGUCGCGGAGAACGAGUACGAGCUGUACGGGAGGGGCUCGACCUCGACGACUACCAGCUCGGCCGGGACGGUGUGCACGACUCUAAUGGCCCCGCCACCACCCGAGCGCAAAUCAAGCUUGACCGUCGUCGCCAUGGUACACGGGCAGAAGCAGAACGGCGGUGAGUCACCGGACAGCGGCCACAACACGUCCUCGUCGCCGGUGGAGUCGGCAUCUAGUCCAGCGUGCACGGGUAGGUCGUGCUCCGAGUUUGAGUACUCGGAGUCGAGCGACCUCGAGGGUUGCGAGCGCAUCGAGCGAAUACGCUCCAAGACGGCCAUCAACACGAGCCGCAUACCCUCGAUGUGCGUGAUUACGCCGCCGGGCUCCGAUGACGAGAACAAGGAUGCCGGAGGGUCGAAGGAACAGAAAAAGGGUAGGGACACGUGCCAGGGGCCGGGGUCCGUGCUCAUGUCCGCGACCGUCGGUACCUCCAAAAUGGAGGUCAUCAACGGCCAGGACAAGAAUCUCUACGCUACCGUUCAAACUGUUAUGACGUCGAGCGCCAACAGUAGUGAGAAAGCAGCAGCAGCAGCGGGAGUUACGGCAGUCGGUCAAAAUGCAAAGAUCAGUCCUCUGAGUGGUGUAUUGGGCAAGCUUCGGGGUGUUCUGCCAGGCAGAAAGCAUCAGCAGAAGCCGAAUCAGGAAUCUGAGUACAGCAUACCACAGCUAGACUCCGGCGACUAUGUGACCAUAGCCGACGUGAGGAACAACAAUGACAAGCGACAGCAGCCAGAGUACGCCGUGACUACGCCAACGACCGUGAGACCGGCCAACGUCACUUACGCCAACGCGGACGUAUUUAAAAGGGACGCGGAAUACGUGAGCCUCAGCGAGUUGCCGAAAAAGCCCGACUCGUCGCUCGAACGGAGGAGACAGGGGGCCAGAGUGACCCUCGACUCGGAGGGCAAGGUCGUUUACUCCUCGGACAGUCUCAAGAGACGAAAGGGCGCCCACACGACCUUCAAUCCCGGACCCUUUGUGAAGGAGGGACCCUCGUCGCCGGCAUCCUCGCCGCUCCUGCACCGCGCUCAGAUAACUCCCCGUGUGGUUCAGCGCACCAUUCCCGACGCCGUCGACGGCGACGUGAAAAAAAAGCCGAGCCCGGAGCCAACCAGCCAGCCCCAACAGCAGUUGGGCAAAGUCAUCAUCCGAGCGGCCAAGUCUCCCGACCGAUCCGUCAGUCCGGAUUACGUGAGGACACCCGCGACGGUGGUCGGUCCCAAUCCCACCCCCACACCGAGCGCUACGCAGCAGCAGCGUCAAUCGCGCCAGGGCGCGUACGUCAAUGUCCAGGGCAGCGACGAAGAAAAAGCGUUGCCAAUGAUGCAGCCGACCGAGCCGGUCUCGACCUCGGCGUGUCCUCAAAAACAGCCCCAGCGUGUCCAGCCUCCGCCUUACGUGGGUCCGCCACAAGUUCAGAAAUCCCACAAGGAUCCCUACCCCUACCAGGUGGUCUACAACAACAAUCCCCAGUUCCAGCAACAGCACCGCAUCAGCAACAACCCCCAGACGCAGAUGCGACCUGGUGGUGGUCCCCCUUCAUCCAACAACCAACAACAACAAUAUCACCAUCAACUCCACCACCACCACCACCAGCAACAACAGCAGCAUUCAAUGGUCCAUCACGUGAUAGAUCCCUACCAGCAGCUCAUCCUCGAGAGGAACAGCCUUUACCACCACCACCACCACCACCACCAGCAGCAGCAGCAGCAGCAGCCCUACUCGCACUACACGGAGAACCAAAAGAUGUACGCCCACCAGCUGCACCAUCCGAUCCGUCAGGCGUACGAGAAGAGCCAGCAGCACUUUUACACCCUGCCAAACCGGAGAUCGCACCGGGAGGUGGCAGUCGAGCCACCCAGGAGCAUCACUCCCGACAUAACCCGGGGCUUGGCCAGGGCACCGCUGAACGCCGUCCACCUGCUCGCCAGACAGGGACAAAAGUCCAGUUCAGCCGAAAAACUCGUGUCGCACUACCACGGACAAGCUGGGCACAACUGCCCGAUCGACCAGACUUGCGGAAAGAGCGCGGAACAGCAGAGGCCAGUCGCGCCGGUGGACGUGAAAAAUCGGUUCGCUUCACCAGUCGGCCUGUCAGCCCUGGGCUACCGGCUCUUCGCCUCUCCGAUCCAGGACAGUCCGAAGCACCCGCCGAUCUCGCCGAUCGGCCCGGAGCACUCCAACGGCUUCAAAUCCUCGACGCCGACCAGCCGAGCCCAGCCCAGCGUCGCCGAGCGACUGGCACUGUCGGCCCAGAGAUGCGCCUCGCCGAACCCCGCCCUCAUGCACGCCGGCUCGGAUUCCGGCAGGAGCACACCCACCAACAUCAUGCUGUCGCCCAUCAAGAGCUCCAUGUCCAACGAGGAGCUCUUCGCGGCCAUACACAAGUCCAAGAGGCGCUUGAACAUCAGGGACGAGCCCGAGAGUCUGUCGCCCGCUGGUUCGGUCGCGUCGCUUUCCAAGGGCCAACAGGCCAUCGGCACGAGGCACAGCUGGAGCCCCGAGUCCCAGAAAACCCCCGAGAUUCCCAAGAGCGUGCUGUCGCCGUCGGCAACGUCCCGCAUGGAUUUCAAGCGGCUCUUGCUGCAGCAGAGCAUCAAAUCGGGGCCAAACCGGGUCUCAGCUGCCGAGCAGCUCAAGCUCUCCCGCCAACAGAGCCACGACUCUCAGCAGCAGCAGCAGCAGCAGCAGUCGCCGUCCAGUCAAAAGUCUAGCCAGCCCUUGGCCAAAGUUCUCAGUCCUCGUUCGGCUUGGAGGUUCCAGACGCCCCGGACGGACGUUCUCUCGUCGACGAUCAUCGAGGACACGGCUGCCGAGGAGAAGGCCAUGAAACCCUCCCCGGAAACUCCCGCCCCGGCCACCUGCUUCCCACCGGUCACCUCGACGAGGAGACAGCUGGACAUGUCCGGCGAGAGCGCGCGUGGCUCAAGGAACCUCGAGGAGUUGAGGAACGCGAUCAACAAGAGCCAGAGGUCGCUGGAGAAGAGCGAGAAGGAGCUGGAGAACAGGCUGCAAGCCAUCGAUCUUGACGGCAGUGGCACGGCCACCAAGGUCCAGAGCGACAACAGUGACGCGGAGAAUCCGAUAAAGGCCAUAGAGAGCCGGCGAAUGAGCAAUCAAUUGGCCAGGGCGCAGUUCCUCGCGAGCUCGGGGCCCACGAGUUCGCCAAACGCGCACAAGGACAUGUUCAACCGGAGAUUCCGAGCGAGGUCCGAGUCGCCGCAACAGAGCGCUCAGCGAAGCGGUGACCCUGGAUAUCGGAGCUUUGGCAGCGCGUCGACGGCGACGAUCACGCAAAUCGACCCGGGCCCUGUGACGCGUAGUCCUAGCGCUCCAACCCUUGAGACUGCCCUUUAACUUUCCUUUUUUUUUUUUUCUCUCCUCCCCCGCGUUUUUACACUUACGUCGGCUCACCUCGAAUCGAUCUUCCUCGAGGUGGCGAUUGUUUUUCCUCUUUUCAUUUGUACGCAUGGGUUUUGUAUCUUUUGUACAUGUAAAAUGGACCGUAAUCAAGUGACGAAAGAGAUUUUUUUUUUUUUUUUUUUCAUGUAUCGAAAAA